AUGGCGAUGAUGAUGACUGGCCGUGUGCUGCUGGUGUGUGCCCUCUGCGUGCUGUGGUGCGGUGCCGGAUGGGUUUAUGCGGGAGACGUCGAGAACAACGCAGGGGAAGGUUUCAUGGCGUCGGGAGUUUUGGGUGUGAAUCGGUUGCGUGUGCCAAGCGUAUGUGGUAAGGUUGCGAUCACGCUGCCCUCGCGUAUGGUCUCGUUCAUCACCGCCGCUGAAGCCUCGACUAACGAUGAUGCUUCUGGUAUUAUUGGAGGUAAUCCAGACUCACCUUCAGGUGCUGGUGCCGCUGCCGGUUCUGUUUCUGGUGGUGCAGGUGGAGCUGGAGGUAGUGGAGGAGGCGGUGGAACUUCUGGUGGCAGUGGCAAUUCUGCUGGCGGAAGUGACGGUAACAGGGACACAACUGAAGAUCCUACAGGUGUUGGUGGUGGUUCUUUGCAGUCUCCUCCUUCAGUUGACCCUAAUUCAUCUCGCAUUCCCAAUGAGGUUGGUGAGUCACAGAACACAGAAGUUUCUUUAUCCCCUGAGGAGACGAUAUCUCCUGAAGCAGCUGCGGAGUCGGGACCAACAGCGUCUCCAGGGAAUACACCACCCAAAGUGGAGACAGCGGAUAAAUCGAAACCCAAAGAAGAAGAGAAAGGGCUCUCCGUCACACAAGCAGCAGCACCAAUUUCAGUUAAUGGUGAGGCUUCAACUGGAGAACAGAAUCAGCACAAUGAUGUGGGGAAGGUGGACCAUUCCAGCAACCAAACACCACCGCCAGUACCGCCAUCGGCGGUGACAACACCAGGUCUAUCAAAAGAACCGGCACCUCCAGCAACAGAAGCAUCACCAAGCGAUGGAAGCCUGCCAGCACCAAAUGUCCCACAGACUGCAAAAGAUCAAGAACAAAAAACGUCAGUGUUAACAAUUAAAAUGGAGUCCAAUGCACCGGAAAUUCCUUCAGAGGAUAAUGUGGUACAGCAACAAGGACAAAACACAACCACAGAGGAAUUGAUGGAAAAUUCAUCUCGCGGCAGUCAAGCGGAAACAACGACAUCAUCCAUAUAUACAAGUGGCACUGGGGAAGCCCAGAGUACGGCGGAUGCGGAUGAUGCUCAACGGCCCAACCCCAGUGAAUCACAGAACGAUCUUGAAGGCAGUGAUACCAACAAUUCUUCUAAAACAGAUGAGGUAGCACCUCAAUCAGCAAUAACACUCACCACCGCUCAAAAAAAUGGUACGACGACACCUGGUGACAGCGACAGCAGCACCGCGGUCUCCCACACCACCUCCCCUCUUUUGCUUCUUCUUGUUGUUGCGUGUGCGGCUGCUGCUGCGGUGGUGGCCGCGUGA